CGGCCCGUUACAUCGACCCCAAGCCGACAGGUUUGAGAACAGUUCGCACCCCGCCGGGCAGGCCGUGGGGAUCACGAACCAUGGGUCCACAAUCAACCAAACCUGGCAUUGCGACAGUAGACGCCGCAAGAGGAGCACUUGCACAACUUUCUUUCGGUAACCAUAAACAUGAGGAGCUGGCUGUUAUGUCUGUGUGUGCUGACGGUGGUGGUGUCAUGCUACUCCCAAGCUAAUCGCUACGAGAACUUCAACCCUGAUGCCAUCGUACAAAACGACAGGAUUCUGCUAGCUUACUACAAGUGUGUGAUGGACAAAGGACCUUGCACGAGAGACGGCAAGAAUUUCAAACGUGUUCUACCAGAGACGCUGGCCACCGCGUGCGGGCGCUGCAACCCUAAACAGAAGACGAUCGUGCGCAAGCUUCUCCUGGGCAUCAGAUCCAAGAGCGAACCUCGUUUCCUAGAACUCUUGGACAAAUACAACCCUGACCGCUCCAACAGAGAUGCUCUAUACGCCUUCCUUGUAACCGGUGCUUAAGACCAAAAUCAAAGCUUAGGAGCAUGUGAUGGAGUUUUCGACGCGUGAUACCCAUUAAUCAUCAUCAACGUCAUCUCAUGGUCAUCAUCAUCCACUCACCAUCCCCCAAUGAUUUCCAGAUGGGCCGAAUUACUUAGACCCAUUAAUAGCUGAUAAAAAUUAUCUUCUAUGAGUAUAGGUCUAGAGACAAUCCCGGUCCUAUCACACUAUAGAUUCAUAUUGCAUCUCUGUCAUAUAAAUGAAAAUAAAUCCCACUUUACGGUAUCUAGUUAGACAUUUACAAAAGUAACGUUACUUAUCUUAAGGAGUUAAUAUCAAACGUAAAUCAAUGACUAAUUUGAUCAGUUUGUACUCAAUCUGUUCAGAGACUAGUUUUGUGUAUACCGUUAGGUUAUAAAAAAUAUUUAUUAAAUGAUUGACAGUAUUGUUAAUUAAUAUUUGAAAUCUUGAAGCGGUUUAAAAUCGUACUUCGCUAUCUGCGACUGCUGUAUUUGAUUCUUUAAAUGGAUUUUAUUCUUACAAAUCCCGUUAAAUUAUUAAGCAAAGCAUUUAUAAUUUAUUCAAAUUGAUUUCAAUUAGUUUAAGGCUUAGAUUAAGGCAUUAAAGAUAUUUUACGA